AUGUUAUCUUCACCAAGAAUAUCACAUCGAAUUGAUGAUAAUAUUUUCAUUAUUGAACUUUGUGAUACCGAUAAUUUAAAUUCUUUAACAUUUGAUGAUUUUCUUUUCAUUGCAACUUUACUAGAAUUAUCGAAUCAAAAUCCAUCAGUUAAUUUCACAGUAAUUCAAAGUUCAGGUAAAUUUUUCAGUGCAGGUGGCAAAUUUACUUCUGUAUUAGAAUUAGCGCCAAAGACAACUGAUGAAAUUAAUAAGAAUGAAAAAGAAGAAGAAAAUAAUGAAUUAAGAAAAUUAUAUACUUUAAUUGGAAGUGUUGCUACUCCAAAUGUUUAUGUGACAAAUGCGUUUGUUAAACAUACAAAACCGAUAAUAUGUUCUUUAAACGGACCAGCUAUUGGGUUAAGUGCAUGCCUUGUAUGUUUAUGUGAUAUAGUUUAUUCAAUGAAUGAUUCUGUUUAUUUAUUAUUCCCAUUCAGUAGUCUUGGAUUUGUUGCUGAAGUUGGCAGUUCUGUUACGUUAUAUGAUAAAUUAGGUAUUAAUUCAACUAAUGAACAUUUAUUUUUCAGUACAAAAAUUCCAUUUAAUGAAUUAAAUGGGAAAAUUAUUGUUAAAAAUUAUAAUUUUAAUAAUGAUAAAAUUAAUCAUAUUGAACAAACAAAAUUAUUUAAUAAUAAAGUUUUAACAGAUUUAAAAUUGAAAAGUAAAUAUUUAAGUCUUGAUAGUCUAAGUGAAAUGAAAAAAUUAUUAAGUUUUGAAACUAAUAAUAAAUUACGUCAAGCUCAAUCUUUAGAGACAAAUUCAACUUUACCAUUUUGGAUUAAUGGUGAACCAUUUAAAAGAUUUAAAGAAUUACAACAAAAGAAGAGAAGACAUAAAUUAUAA